GUGUCUUGUGCCUGACGUCAUCGUACAGUGUACAUAUGCUGUGGUGGCUUGCACUGGCGACGACGGUGGUCUGUCAGCCCCAAGCAGAGCCCCAAGAGGUUGAGAUCAUCAAGCAGAUCAACCGAGUCAACGAGGAUGGUUCCUACACCUUCGGCUACGAGGCGGCGGACGGAAGCUUCAAGAUUGAGACUCGCGACGUCAUGGGCAACGUCAAGGGCAUGUUUGGCUUCGUAGACGAGACUGGCGAGCUCAAAAAGGUGUCAUACACCGCAAACAACGGUACCGGUUUCAAAGCCACUGGCGAAAGAUUGGCUCCUUUCACCACGGAGAGACCGAGUGAAGAAGAAAUUACAAGAAGGCCAAUCUUAGUUCUUCGUCAGCCGAACGACCCUACUCGGCCCCCAGUGAUACAACACAUCCCUCGUAGAGUUGGCUACACCACGACCGUCGUUCCCUCCACUUCCACGACCCCCUCGUACGGCGAGUACGUCAAGGGACGUCGAACACACAUCGUCCUGCCAACCAGGACCAAGGAGGAGACCACCACGGCGACACCCAAGGUUACAGAGGAGCCUGAGGACGAGCCGACACAGAUUCCGUUGAGGAAGUUGUUGAUAACGAGAAAGCCAGCGAUCCAGGGAAAAGGAGGAAACAAUCUGAGACGUCAGUUGGGAGGAGAGCCUGACGCUCCUUCGGGAGAUGUAGCUGAUGUAUACUCAGGGGGAGCUGCGAACCCACGAUACAUCCCGGUCCAGUCCGUCAGGUCUCCCCAGUCUCCGCUGUUAGCCAAUCUCCCACCACACGUCGCCUCGGCCAUCAGACAACAGCAGAUAGCUCGUGCAGCCGCCACACUGCGGCCGUAUACUCCUGAGGAUCCUUAUUCAACAACGUCUCCCAUUCCGAGCAGACCUGGAGUGAUUGACGAGCAAGAAUAUCCUCCGAUUCCUAUUCGUCCUCGACCACUUCCACCGGUUAAAUCUGUUUAUCGGUCCGGAGACGAAGACCUUCCCACUCGAGUGCCUUUUCCCAUGUCGAGCCUCGUGUCACUACGAGAUGAACUCAUGGAUUACAUUUUGAGGUACCUCCAGUUCCGACUUGCUGGUGGGAACCCGUAUUUGAUGAACCCGUAUCCUCAACCGUACCCAAAUCCAAACAUUCCUUACCCCACGCCAAACUAUCCCGGAGUAAAUCCUAAUGUGUUCAAUCCUUAUUACAACUACCCCAACACUCCGUACCCGCGAGGGAUUCCAUACCAACCACCUUUCAACCCAGUGGGUUAUCCUCCGGUAGGCUACCCGGGAUUAGGUUAUCCCGGUAGUUUUCCUCAGCCUCUUCCAUUUUCAAGCCCAAACAAGCAGCAAGCCGGGCAAGGGUACGGCCCAAGCCAGAGAAGUGCUCCGUCUUACGAACAGAUCUCCACUCCGAGGCAAUUCUCUCGGAACUACGACCAAUCUCAGGUGACGAGAGGAGGUUCUCCAACGUACGAGCAAGCUGAGACCAGAGGAACCUCUGAGCAAUCUUCCUACACCCUGCCUCCCUCGGAUGUGCUCAGGAUGAUGUUGGCGCGAGGGCUCUCCACAUCCACUACCACCGCCGCUCCUGUCCGCAACGUCCAGAUCUUGGGGGCGGCAUCAUCCCUAUCGUCGUCAACUCUACCGCCCCCAGAAGAAAUGGAGAUGCAAGCGUAAAUUAUAACAAGCAUCUGACCCUAAAAUACUUGAUAUUUUGCACUAUCCAGUAUUUAGUCUUUCGAUUUGAACAGAUAGUACUAAACGUUGGUUAAAAUGGGAAACUUGUUAAUGAAAUAGAUGUUAAUUUUGAUUGGAUAUUUAAAUGAUCAUCCCUUCUAAUUUGUGAUUUUGACAUCGUAAAAUUGGUCAAAAAAUAAUUGCUAUCUGAAAUCCAACUUGCUAUUGUCAAGGCAAAACGGUAUGGUAACAUCGUAUCUUCUGCUACAAGUUCCUCCGCACGGUUUAAAUCGAAAAUAAAUCAACGUUUAUAAAUAUUUAAUAUUGUUAGUUUUGUAAUGUAAUCUAGAAUGACUGUAAGAUAUAGGUGUAAGUUUUUUACCAAAUAUAUUUUGUACAUUUGAAUGUUUUGUAUUCUAUCUGUUACCCUUUUCUACAUUUUUCUCCUAGGUGCUUCGUUAUAUCACAAUCAAUAAGUCGUGCAAAGAAAAGUUCAAAUAGGAAUACACCUGGUUUAAA